AUGCCGCCGGUCGCCUCAGUCAGAAAGGCUUCGAUAGCCACUACCGACACAAACUCCGCCCGUCGGCAGUCCGCUCGACAACCACGUACCUCGACCUCGAGGCCAAUCAACUACUAUGCUCGCUCCUUCGGCCAGCUCGACAACAACCAUGAAAACCAAGAUCCUGACCCGCCAGGCUUCUUCCCCGGCGUCCAAUACUUUGCUGACUCGAUCUCUGCUCUUCCGCGCGAAGUCCAGCGUCACAUCACCCUGAUGAAAGAGGUCGAAGCAAAGGUCUAUGGUCCUACAGAGGCUUUGAAGUUUCUCACAAACAGCAUUCUGAAUAAGCCCGCCCCUCUUUCUCGCAACCAGCCCACUUCUCCACGCCUGUUGUCCUUCACAGCUCCUCCCAGUGCCACGGUCAGUUCGGCUGGUUCCGUCAUCAACGGCAACCAGCCCACUACCUUCGACCAGCGCGUUCAAGACGACCUCGAGUCGCAACAAGACGAACAAGCCGACCACGCAAGACGAUCUGAAUUUCAGUCCCUCCGUCAUGUCAUCGGCAACCUGAUCACUAACCUUGACGAGAAGAACGUCGUCAUGGCAGAAGCCAACCGCGCCCUCGCUCAGCAGCUCGCUCGUCUCGACAGCGUCAUGCCCCACGUCGAGAACGAGAUCAGCGAAGAGUCGCGUCUGGGUAGUUUGACCCAUUGGGCCUACCAAGACAACCGCGCUAAAAAGCAGACAACGACGUCGCAAAACGAGCGCAACAGAAGAGACGUCGCUGCCACCAGCAGUCUCGCCGCUGCAGCAGCUGCCGUUCACGACCAAGACAUUGCCGCAGCAAGAGGAGAAGCACGACGCGAAACAAAGAAAACAAGCCGUACUCAGGCCAUCGAUUCUGACUUCGAUGACCGUCCGACAAAAAGAGCCCAGACUGGCAAGUCGCGAAAGAAUGCCGACGCAGAACCGAAAGCUAGCGGGCUGGGAAUUGCAAACGGCACGGCCACCGCUGCUACAACAAAGAGGCGGAAGGUCGAGAAGGCUCCUGCUAUCGCUGGUGCACCAGCCAUGGAACGCUCGGCAAGCAACAUGAGCACUGUGGUCAAGGCUGCAAGAGGUGCUGGCAACACGACUCCAAGAUCGACACCGGCUGUCGAGGCCACAAAGAAGAAGGGCAAGCCCGGCCCUGCUCCUGGUACUGGAGCCGGAAAGAAGAGAAAUACCGCCCUCAACCAAGUCGCAAACUCUCCCCGACUCCCCAACUCGUCACCCGUACUGAGUAAUGCACAAUUACAAGCCGAAACCAUCUCCAGACCUGCCUCGUCUCGCAUGCGCCAAAACUCGAACUCGACGUCGAACCUGCAGCACUCACUGCUUCCCGAGAAACAAGUCAGCCGUCCAGCGUCGGUCGCCGACAACAAAUCAAUCAAUGGUAGUACAACCGGACUUGCCGAGUCGGUCCCGGCCUCAAUCACAGCCAUGGGCAAAGAGCCCAAGGAAAGUGUAGAAGAGGUGGCAGAAGACGCUAUGAAGGUUGACCAGGCUGAAAGCACUGUCCAAAAGCACAAAGCGGAGUUGUCGAAGAACGAAGACAUAGAGAUGGAGGACGCUAGUCUGGAUGUCCGCCCAACGAGACGCGGGUCUGUCACGUCUACACCGCGGACCGAGCCAUUCCCCGAAGUUGCCGUGUCACGAACCAGGGGUCGACUACUUCACAACGGACACUCGCAUCGUGGGAGCAACACAUCAGAACACUCGGCAUCCGGACACGAUAGGAAGAGCCGUGGCAGACGCAAGAGUGGUAGUGGAGCCCACAUCCUCAAGCAGAUCGCUAGCUUCAACCGAAGCCCAGACGCGGGCAGGCGGCGCGACGAGAGUAAAGAAUCGGAAAUGUCAGACGACGACGAACAUGGGAGAUCGACAAGACGAAGCCAGCCUCCUCGAGUCACGACCAUAUCCCGGAAUCGACGCGACGGUGGUUCCAGAGCAACAACAGCUAGUUCUCGGCGCUCAGAACUGUCGCCAGAAGCAGACGAUGGGCCCGGUGAAGUCGAGAACGAGGCCGAAGACGAAGAGGUGGAACAGGUUGCAGAUGAAGAGGAAGUCGAGGAAGCUGAAGAUGGCGAUGAGCCAAAGUACUGUUACUGUGGGCAGGGCAGCUUCGGCGAGAUGAUUGCAUGUGACAAUGAUGAUUGUCCGAUGGAAUGGUUCCAUCUUGGAUGCACAGGAUUGCGAGCAGUACCAGGUGAUAAUGUCAAAUGGUUCUGCGAUGUGUGCAAGGAACCUAAGGGCAAGAAGGCCAAGACGAUGGCCAACAGACAUUGA